UAAAAUAUCUAUCUAUCUAUAUAGAGAGAGAGAUAGGAGGGAGGAGAGAGAGAGAGAUAGGAGGGAGAGUUGUAGGCAUGGGCAUGAAAGGGGAUGAAGAAGAAGAGAUACAUAGCUGCUAUGGGAAGAGGCUAAAAUGCGCCGGAGAUGAAGAAGGAGGAGGAGAAGAAGAAGAAGGGGAGGAGAGCGAUAGCGAGCUUCCAUUGAAGCCAGGCAGUUUUUUCUACCCGAUGAUACCGUCGGCUUUCGUGGUCUCCGACGCUUUAGAAACUGAUUUUCCGGUCAUAUAUGUCAACACCGUCUUCGAAACAUUCACUGGCUAUCGCGCCGACGAAGUCCUUGGUAGAAACUGCCGGUUUCUACAAUAUAGAGAUCCUCGUGCUCAAAGGCGGCAUCCUUUGGUGGAUCCUGUUGUUGUUUCUGAAAUCAGAAGAUGUCUAGAGGAAGGUGUCGAAUUCCAAGGUGAGCUUCUCAACUUCAGGAAGGAUGGUACUCCCUUGGUGAACAGGCUAAGACUUGCGCCCAUACGUGGAAAUGAUGGUACAAUUACACACGUGAUAGGUAUUCAAGUGUUUUCUGAGGCAAAUAUAGAUUUGAACAGUGUAUCGUAUCCAGUUUUUAAAGAAACUUGCCAUCAGCAAUGUGAUCAGUUUGGUAAAUACUCCCCAAAGAGUGGACAUUUAACACACAGCCGACACCAAGAUGUAUGUGGGAUUCUUCAGCUCUCUGAUGAAGUCCUGGCCCACAACAUUUUAUCACGGUUGACACCAAGGGAUGUCGCAUCCAUUGGGUCUGUCUGCAGAAGGAUUUGUCAAUUAACAAAGAAUGAGCAUGUGAGGAAGAUGGUAUGUCAAAAUGCAUGGGGAAGAGAGGUCACAGGUGCACUGGAACUGAUGACUAAGAAAUUAGGGUGGGGUCGACUGUCUAGGGAACUGACUACUCUUGAGGCGGUUUGUUGGAAGAAGCUGACAGUUGGAGGUGCAGUGGAGCCUUCACGCUGCAAUUACAGUGCAUGUGCAGCAGGAAAUCGACUCGUACUGUUUGGAGGUGAAGGAGUUAACAUGGAACCGAUGAAUGACACCUUUGUUCUCAAUCUUGAUGCAGCAAAUCCAGAAUGGCGUCGGGUAAACGUUAAAUCAUCCCCGCCAGGGCGCUGGGGUCACACUCUCUCAUGCCUUAAUGGCUCCUGGUUGAUAGUAUUUGGUGGAUGUGGUAGGGAAGGAUUACUCAAUGACGUGUUCGUCCUUGACUUGGAUGCCAAACAGCCAACAUGGACAGAAGUCUUUGGUGGAACUCCCCCCCUCCCUAGGUCUUGGCAUAGCUCUUGCACGGUAGAAGGCUCCAAGUUAGUUGUCUCAGGUGGAUGUACAGAUGCUGGGGUGUUUCUCAGUGAUACGUAUUUGUUGGAUCUCACUACAGACAAACCAAUGUGGAGAGAGAUUCCUACUUCAUGGGCCCCUCCCUCUAGGCUGGGACACUCACUCUCAGUUUAUGGAAGAACAAAAAUACUUAUGUUCGGUGGGCUUGUCAAGAGUGGGCACUUGCAGUUGCGAUCAGGUGAGGCGUACACAAUUGAUUUGGAGGAUGAAGAGCCACAGUGGAGGCAACUAGAAUGCGGUGCAUUCACCGGUGUAGGCAGUCAGAGUUCUGUAGUUCCUCCUCCUAGACUUGAUCAUGUUGCUGUGAGUAUGCCAUGUGGGAGGAUUAUUAUCUUUGGUGGUUCUAUUGCAGGGCUGCAUUCUCCUUCUCAGCUUUUCUUGCUGGAUCCUUCGGAGGAGAAACCAUCAUGGAGGAUUCUCAAUGUCCCUGGACAGCCACCCAAAUUAGCAUGGGGUCAUAGCACAUGUGUCGUUGGCGGGACUAGGGUUUUGGUCUUGGGCGGGAACACCGGAGAAGAGUGGGUUCUCAAUGAACUUCAUGAGUUGUGCUUAGCUAGCUAGCAGGCAGGACUUAGAUCUUUGAUUUAUAGCUAGAUUGCAACAUUAGAUUUUCUUUAGGAUUUAUGCCACUUGAGCUUUCAUCUUUUUAUGUUCACUUUGUCUGUGUUUUCUGUAAUGUUCUUGCUGAUGUUUGUCCUUGUUGUGAUACUUUAAGAAGACAUCAGUUUUGUACAGUAUGUUGUGCGGCUGUGAGCUUGUAAUGCUUUCUAGACGUAGUAGCUUUCUCUAACUCGAAUGUUAUUUUGAUACGUAGUAUUAUUUAUGCC